CCUGAUGACUGCGAGGAACAUGAGUUCCAGGAGGCUGUUCGGGCUGCCCUGUCGCCCCUGGGCAGGUACCGAGUGCUCACCAAGGUCUUCAGAAGGGGGCUCGGGGCCAGGGCAGCCUUGGUGGAGUUCGCUGAGGGUUUAAACCGAAGCUUGAUUCCCCGCCAAAUACCAGGCAAAGGGGGACCCUGGAAUGUGAUCUCCCUGUCCCAGGCUCCUGGUGCUGAGUUUCAGGAUAUGGCCAGUUUCCCUGCACGGCUGCAGGGUCAAGCAGUGGCCAGAGGUGCAGGUGAGGCAGGAGAUGAAGAUGAGGCAGGAGAUGAAGAUGAGGCAGGAGGUGAAGAUGAGGCAGGAGGUGCAGAUGAGGCAGGAAGUGAAGACGAAGCAGGAAGUGAAGACGAAGCAGGAGGUGAAGACGAAGCAGGAGGUGAAGACGAGGCAGGAGGCGCAGGUGAGGCAGGAGGCGCAGGUGAGGCAGGAGGCGCAGGUGAGGCAGGAGGCGCAGGUGAGGUCGAGACCUGGACCCAGUCAUGUAACAGGGCGCUGUGGCCUCUGCUGAAAACUGUGGGCCGCCAGGAACUGAGACGCUUUUCCGGGAUGGUGCAGCCAGACUGCAUGGAAGACUCCUUUGAGAGCUGGCUGGAGCAUGUCAACGACAUGCUGCAGCUGUGGUGCGACGCAUCGGAAAGGGAGAGGAGGAGGCGGGUGCUGAGCAGCUUGCGCGGGGCAGCCCUGGAGAUCGUGAAUGGCCUCCUGGAGGAAGAGCCCAGCUUCUCCACGCUGGACUGCCUGGCGGCGCUGGGGCACGCCUUUAGGAACCGGGACACAUGGGUGACCACACGGCUGAAGUUCCUGACCUGCACGCAGGGGCCCCAGGAGGGGCUGUUUGCCUUCGUGGUGCGCCUGGAAGGCCUGCUGCAGAAGGCCAUGGAGAAGGGGGCCUUCCACCCAGCCAUGGCCAACCAUUUUCGACUGCGGCAGGUGCUGUCUCGGGCCCGCCCCAGCGAGGCUCUCCAGGAUACCCUGAAGCGGUUGCAGCUGGAUAGGAGGCCGCCCGGCUUCCUGGGGCUGCUUCGGCUCAUCCGGGAGAUGGAAGUGUGGGCGGCCUCCCCAGCGAGGAGCCAGCAGGGUGCAGCCUGGCCAGAGGCCCCAGUGGAGAGUGAAGACCCAGCUGCCUCCCAGAUGGCCCCUGCCCGAGGAGAUGUCGCCCAGGCCUCCCCAGCCCAUGGGGAUGCCAGCAACGCUGAUCCCAGCGGAGAAGAUGAUGCCAAGGCCCCUUCUGCCACCAAAGAGGCCGCCAGGGGCACCCCUGCCACUGGGGAAGAUGAAAAUGCCCCUGCCGGCCUCAAAGUCCUAGGUCAGGCAGGGCCCAUCAAUGUCCCUGGUGGCCUCCCAGCCCAGAUGGGCAGUGCAGUCGACAUGGCCCCAGGAGGUCCCAGCUGGGAGCCAGAGGGCCUUGUCCAGGUAGGAGGACAGAAGGCUGAGGAACCUCCCCAGGAGGGGCUCAAGCCCAUUUUGGAGGAGUCUGAAAACGAAGAUGAGGAUGGGGCUGGGGAGGCGGGCCAGCCCAAGUCCUCCCUGGGCAAAUAGUCUCCGAGGGCCCCAGGGCCUCCUCUCCUCUCAGGCAGCAGCACCCUGGAGGCAGACGGAGGCCAGGCCAGGGCCAGUUCCUCACCCCACAUCAGGAGCAGUGCCUCCCACCUCCCGCAAGGGGCCCUGGCCACCACCCCCAGUCCUUCACCAUGACCCAGAUGACCACAUUUGAUUCCAAAUGGGGGGCUGGCCUGGAGGGAUCCCUGAGUGGCCAGCCGUGGCCUGGGUGGGGGCACCUGAAGAUGUCUGCCUCCACCCCUUGUCCUGGGUUAAGAGAGAUGCAGGAAACAGGCCCUCUCAAGGGUGCCAGCUGCCUGGGUCUCCCAAGAGUGGUACCCCCACUCACCAUGCCCUGGGCAGUCAGCCCCUAUUCUGGAAAUCCCACCCUUACUUGUAUAGGCCCUAUAGUGAUCCACACACCCAACAGACGCCCACCCACUGCUAGCUAUUGUUCCUGCACAAAGUUGUGUGCUGUGCGCCCACCUGGGCGGCCGCCUCUGGGCCCAGGACACGUGCUGUGACCUUCCUGCAAGCCCACACUGUGCUCCCUGCUGUCUGUCCCUUGUUGUGAGCACCAUCUCUGCUU